UUAAUUCUGAAUUUUAGAUUUAAAAGUUAUAAAUUCAUUAAUUAAUCAAUGUUGUAUGCUAGGGCACCUACUAUGUAAAAUUGUAAUAAAAAAUAUUCAGAUGAGAACAUUUUUUCAUGAGAUAUGCUUUAUGCUCCGAUGACCGGAGCAUACUGUACUCCGGUGCGCCGGAGUACAAGCCUGACUCGAUGUCGGACUAAAGGUACCUCAUUUUCUAACCACUGCGUUCUCCUGCAUCAUGGCGCGCAUGGCGCGCAUGGCGCUCUUGGGCAAGAGUGCGGCUCGUACCAAAAUAGUCUCUCAGUGUGAUUGUGAUAGGCGUUGCCGACUGCCGUUUUUUAUUGGCAAAGAUGGUUUGCCAAAAAAUUGUUCUUAUUCAAUUGGUUACUCUUGUUUUGCUGUCCUGCUCGAUUACAAAUGGCUUGGCGAUAAAAUGUUGGGUGUGCAGAUCAGAUUUUGAUCCAAAUUGUGGUGAUCCUUUUAAAAACACAACUGCUCCAAUCACUGAUUGCUCCCAGUUCAACGAUUUAGAACAUCUACCUGGAGUAAGACCAACAAUGUGUAGAAAAAUACGACAGAGAGUAUCCGGUGAAUGGCGAAUCUUUAGAAGUUGUGCUUAUUUGGGAGAGCCAGGUAUCUUGGGAGAUGAAAGUUUGUGCUUGAUGCGUACCGGUACCCAUAAUAUUUUUAUGGAGUAUUGUACUUGUAACAGUGACGAUGGUUGCAAUUCAGCCACAGGACUUUAUCACGAUCCAUAUCGUCCAAUAAGUUUAACGGUACUUGUUUUUGCUUGGUUUCGUCUAAGAAACUAAAUUUAAUGCACAUCCUUAAAACGACUCAUGAGUGAAUUUUAGAAUUAUUGUUUAGUUUUCACCAGAUAAAUAUUGUAUUCUCAUAGUUUUUUAAAGCAACAAAUUAAUCCAAUUUAACAUAAAAUGUUAAAGGAUGAAUCUAUAGAUCUGAGCAGAAGACUGCCUUAAUGCUGAUUCCGCCCUUAAACGAACGCAAAAUGAAGUAAGCUGUAGAGUAAACGUUUUUAUAUUUCGUAGCGCUCUAAACCUAAAAAUCGCAACUUUGCCACUAGUUUUAGGCUCUUGUGCUAUAAAAUAUUGUAGAUAAGUACAAUACUUGCCUUUGGCUCGUGAUGCAACCCCUCUUUUUGCAGAAAAAGCAUAUCCACACCCGUUGCUUAAAGUACUAUUGUACCGUGUAUGCCUGACCUUUUUUUUUUACAAUUUUUGUACAUAAUACAACACAUAAUCUCAAUUGUAAACGAUAUAAGAAAAUUAAUUUUUAUAAGGAUUAAUAAAGAAAC